AUGCACGAGGUGGAUUACACGGGCCCGUUCCCACAGGAAGGCGGAAUUCAAAUUCCGUCGAGACCAGCCUUUCCGAGUAGCGAUACCGCCUCAGAAACAGAAUGCGAGGAGGAGGUCAGGAAUCAACCUGAUGAGACCGUGGAGCGCAGUCAGGAAAGAACCAAAGGUGGCAAGCCCCCAUGGCAGCAGCAGGUUCAACUGCCGAAGCAGAAGAAACCCGGGCCCGCUGCUAUGGUACGGCAUCGUGAACCAGCAAGCCCAGAUCUUCCACAUCCAGCUUUGAGGACCUAUUCGUCCCAGCCCGAAGUGAUCAAACCGGUACUUGCCGUGACAAGCCCCCCGGUCCCGGAUCAUUCCCCCCUGACCACUACCACCGAGACAGUGCAGCAAUCGCCGGCUCUCGACAGUCAAACGCCGUCCUCCAAUGCAAUCCCUGACCAAGAUGCAGGUAAAUACCAUCUCAGGCUGGACGUGGAUAACCAGAGCGACAUUCCGAUGCGCCCCCUGGCGCCGAGCCCACGCCCAGCAGCAGCAAUGCCGGUGCAGGCGAAAAGCGAGACUUCGGGCAUAGCCGAUGACAAUGCCGAACAUGGAGUCGUCCCGGCGGAAGCAUCCGAGUCAGCAGCCUCGACCGAACUGUCCGACUCUGCCGCGUUCCCAACGGCAGUAGAACCACCGAGACCGGCCCAUGCUAGUAGAAGUACACUGCCGCCAGAACGUCCCGCUAGUGGCAGCGCGAUAAAUUUGGACUUGCCCAUUUCUUCCGAGUCUCCUUUAGCUUCAAUGCUGCAACAAUUGCAAUUGACGCGGGCCCGGGUCCGGGGAUAUAUGGGCGCGGUCCGCGCUGGUGAACCAACGGCCCCCUUCCGAGCCUAUGAUGGUGCUGGUGAACCAACAGCCCGCUUCCAUGUCGAUGAUGGUGCUGGUGAACCAGCGGCCCACGUUCAAAAUGAUAGUGCUGCUGGACCUCGUCAGAAGCAGAGUGCGGCCGGUAGAAGUGGGAAUUACAGACCGGCCGGGAAUCCGGGCAUGGCCGGGUCAUCGUCGAGCGACCACCUCGGGCCGAAGCGGGGCAGGAAACCGGGCCGUUCCCUGGGCCAGCCUGGAGAUCCGGGAAGCAGGAGGAAUAGCAGAAGUAGAAGUCGCAGCCGUUCCCCCGCCCGCGUAGAGUUCAAGGUACGGGACGAGCAGCCGCCUCGACAGCCAUCACCGACGGCUCGGGUGGCUGCUCAUCUUCCGCGAAAGCCUUCCGGCGGCGGGGGCGGUAGCCAUGGAAACCCUGGGGGUGGUGGGAAUGGCGGCUCGAGACCCGACCAGAAUAACACAGGUUCAGGUUGCUGCCGUUGCUUGUGGAAGUUGUUGCGUGGAUGGUGUGGGUAA